UUAGUAUAGAGACAUCUCGCGUUUUGUUAAAAGAAGAAUUAGGCAUUGGUCCUAAACCCUCGAAUUACUGAACUGGGUUACGUUCCUCUUCCUCGUUGCAGCGUCUACCCUCUGCGAUCCACCCUUGUUCUUCGAAAGUGGUUGCUCUUGGGAUUAUAUGCUAAAUGUUGAUCUUUGUUCGUGGGAUAUGUUUUGUUGUUUGAGAACAAGUGUGUUAGCUAUCUAGAGACGCAAGAUGUCAGCUGGUCCUGGACUUGAGUCUCUUGUAGAUCAGACAAUUUCAGUCAUUACAAAUGAUGGACGAAAUAUAGUGGGAGUCCUCAAAGGUUUUGACCAGGCGACAAAUAUAAUUCUUGAUGAGUCCCAUGAACGAGUUUAUUCUACAAAGGAAGGUGUGCAACAACUAGUUCUAGGUCUGUACAUCAUCAGGGGCGACAACAUAAGCGUUGUUGGUGAACUUGAUGAAGAUCUGGAUUCUAGUCUGGAUUUGUCAAAACUCAGAGCUCAUCCCUUGAAACCUGUAAUCCAUUGAGAUGAAAUACCAUGUAUUGGCGGAAACAAUCUUGAGUUUUGCGACAUUAUAUACUAGAGGACGCUGUGAAACUGUCUAAGAAUAUGCAGACACCAUAAUAUUUCAAAUAUUCUGAUACUGUUAGCAUGCAAGUCUUGUCAAACAAAUGAAUGCAACAAAUUCUGCGACUAUCUGACGUGAAGAAACUAUCUUCUAUGGCCACUAUUAUA